UUCUUUAAACACUCCUCGUUAUUCUCUAUAGAAUUACAUCAGCUUUCAUAAAGUGAAGAAAAUUCUAAAAGCGAUCGAAAAAAAUUUUCUACGUUUUUAAAAUUUAAAAGUGUCAACUCAGCAGUAAUAAUGUUGAAAACUAUAUUUUCCAACAAACUAAAGAUUUUUAUUAUCUCUUUCUUGUUGCAUUCAUUUGUCAGCAUUGAAAGUAUUCCAGUGAAAGCAAAAACAACGUCAGAUGAUUUAUUUUAUCCAAUGGAGGAAUUUAACGAUACAUCCUCAAGAACAAGGAGAGAAUCAAAUGUUACAUUUAAGAGAAUAUUCCCAUCAAGAAUAGCAGCUGAAAGAACGUGCAAAAAUAGUAAAGUUGAAGAAAUUACCAGACCUAUCUUUUGUUUAAAUUUAACUGACAUUAGUAAAAAUUGGGACACAUAUUGUGCAGAAACACUUUAUCAAUGUUUAAUUUAAAUUUUUUUAAUUUCUAUUUUAUAGAAAUUUUAUCCUAAUAGUAUAGUAAUACUCUGUAAUAAUAAAAAUAUAUUUAUCAACUUCCACAAAAAAAAAAACAAAUGGACGUUAUGAAAAAUUCUACAAUUUUAUUUAAUGUAUUAUA